CUCGGGGAUGGAUUGCGGGUGUCCGGCGCGGGCGGGCGGUGCCGCCGCGGGACGGAGCGCGGGGGGCGCCGGGCCCGGCGCGGCCUCAGAAGAUCUUCAUGUAACUGGCUGAAAAAUGGUUCUGCAAGAUGACAGCACCAACUCUAAGACUGUUGGAAUGGAGACUAUCUGCACUUUGACAUGAAGUGUGAAGUUUUUUAGUCACCACUUUUGUUUCCUUUUUACAGUUACUGUGGAAGGUUCCAGAUGGUGUGGGUUUUUGUCAUGAACCGGAUGAGCUCCCAGAGCAGCUCCUCUGCUCAGCGCAGGCGAAUGGCUCUAGGAAUUGUCAUUCUCCUCCUCGUUGAUGUGAUCUGGGUGGCCUCUUCAGAGCUCACUUCUUAUGUUUUUACAAGGUACAACAAACCCUUUUUCAGUACAUUUGCAAAAACAUCCAUGUUUGUUCUAUACCUCUUGGGAUUUAUUGUUUGGAAGCCAUGGAGGCAGCAGUGUACUCGUGGGUUUCGUGGAAGGCAUGCAGCUUUUUUUGCAGAUGCUGAGGGUUAUUUUGCUGCUUGUACAACAGAUACCACUGUGAACAGUUCUCUGAGUGAACCUUUAUAUGUUCCUGUAAAGUUUCAUGAUUUGCCAACUGAAAAAAAUGGCAGUAAUAGUAGUGAUGCAGAGAAAACACCCAAAAAGCCUCGUGUGAGGUUCAGUAACAUCAUGGAGAUCCGGCAGCUGCCAUCCAGCCAUGCUUUGGAGGCAAAGCUGUCCCGCAUGUCCUAUCCAACAGUGAAGGAGCAGGAGUCCAUCUUAAAAACUGUGGGAAAACUCACUGCGAGCCAAGUGGCAAAAAUUAGCUUUUUCUUUUGCUUUGUGUGGUUCUUGGCAAAUUUCUCAUACCAAGAAGCUCUGUCAGAUACCCAAGUUGCCAUAGUUAAUAUCUUGUCAUCAACCUCUGGGCUUUUUACAUUAAUCUUAGCUGCAGUCUUUCCCAGUAACAGUGGAGAUCGGUUUACCCUGUCCAAAUUAUUAGCUGUUAUUUUAAGCAUUGGUGGUGUGGUACUUGUUAACCUUUCUGGAUCUGAAAAAUCUGCUGGAAAGGACACAAUAGGUUCCCUUUGGUCUCUUGUAGGAGCAAUGCUUUAUGCUGUCUACAUAGUCAUGAUAAAAAGGAAAGUAGACAGAGAAGAUAAACUUGACAUACCAAUGUUCUUUGGUUUUGUAGGACUGUUUAAUCUGUUGCUGCUGUGGCCAGGGUUCUUCCUGCUUCACUAUACCGGGUUUGAAGCAUUUGAAUUUCCCAAUAAACUGAUAUGGAUGUGCAUUGUCAUAAAUGGCCUUAUUGGAACAGUUUUGUCAGAGUUCCUCUGGCUGUGGGGAUGCUUUCUUACCUCAUCACUGAUAGGCACACUUGCCCUAAGCCUUACAAUACCUCUGUCCAUAAUAGCUGACAUGUGCAUGCAAAAGGUGCAGUUUUCCUGGUUAUUUUUUGCAGGAGCAGUACCUGUAUUUUUUUCAUUUUUCAUUGCAACUCUCUUGUGUCACUAUAACAACUGGGAUCCAGUGAUGGUGGGAAUCAGAAGAAUUUUUGCCUUUAUUUGUAGAAAACAUCGAGUUCAGAGAAUGCCAGAAGAAAGUGAGCAGUGUGAAAGCCUCAUCCCUAUGCAUAGUGUUUCACAGGAUGGAGACAGCUGCUGUUCAUAGAAACGAGUUUAAAAAUGGAAUGAUGCCCAGCGAAGAGACAAUCUUCUGGAAAAGUCCCUAAGGAAUCAUGUUUCAGUGCCUAUUCUGAAUUUGUAGUAAAAAAUAAGAAGUUUCAGUUCUUUUGAAACUCUAAACUUUUUCUCUUUCUUGCUUUCAUCUGAUUUUAUAAAUAAACAGAUUUACUACAUGCCUGUCACCAUAGGGAGUCUUAGUCCAUCUGAACAACCAGCCUGCCUUAUAACCUUGAGCUGGUGACAUUACUUGACAAAAUCAAGAAAGCAAAUGCUGUUAAGUGAUUUCUUUCUUUUUUUAAGUCACAAUUUUGUUAAAUGCUGGACAAUAUUAUUUUUAAAAGCGAUUUAUGUAAAUAAGUUUGCAGGUCAUCAAGUCUUACAGGCUUUCAGAUGAAAAGCUAAAUAGAUAUGUUACCUGUAGUAGGUACAAAUUAAAUUUUUUAUGUUGUAUAAACUAUUUGCAUAUUAAUAGAUGAAAAUAGAAAAAUAAUUUAUUAAGUGCAUUCUUAUAAUGACUGAGGCAGGAUCUUUGUACGGUCCUGGAACACUACAUAUAUAAUGUCUUAGGCCAUUUUGAGUAGCCUUGUAAUGGCAAUGGGUGCUGAUGUUUAAAAAUCAAAAAAAUGCCCCAAAAUCAGGAAUGCUUAAAAUUUCAGUGAAUGGUAAAAUAUUUCUAAUUACAAUACAUUUGGGUGUACAUUCUUAUACAUGUUUUAAAACAGACUGGUUCUGUAACCCAUUCUCAAUCCCAGUUGUCUCUCAGGCAUGAAAAUUUUCAGGUGUAGCUGCCACACUGUGAAAGAGAUCAAAUUAAUUGUGAAAGUUUUCAGUCAGUGGAUUGGCACUACACUAACCUGCUAAGCAAUAUGAAAAGGAGAGGUGUUUGCAUUGAUUUUUCUUUUCCCCCAGCUGUAUUAAUAAAUUUAUUCUAAAACUGAUAAUUAUCUUCCUUGCACUGCAGUGUUUUAUCCUUUUUAAUCCAGAGAAGCUAUUAUAAUUAUAUUCAGGAAUAUUUGAAAUUAGUCCAUGCCAUUUUCCAGCUCCUGGCCUAUAAGACACGUAGAUCAAAGUUAAUUUUGGCUUUUGAUGGAUUUUAUUUUUCUAUAAUGAAUGUAAGAUGGAUUUUUAGCCAGGAGUAUUUUCUUCCACAUAACAAGGUUAUUAAUAAUGUAGGGUAUUUCUACUGUCCCUCCACAAAUACAGAGGGAUGACAUAGCAGAAAUGCCUGUUCAUGUUUUGGCAUUCAGUAAUGAUCCUUCCAAAAGCAAUUUUGGCCUUUUGAUAAUAAAACUAUUAUUUGAGAGGGAAUGCAGGAAAGCAACAUGCUUAGGAUCUACAUUUAUAGCAGAAUUCAAGCUAGCAGCUGGAAUUUAAUAUAAGAUCUGUACGUAGAAAAGGAAGACAAAAUGAACCGGGGGCUAUUCUGUUCAAAUAUUUAACCUUUAUCAGGAUUUUCCUUCCUGUUUUUAAUACUGCAUUGCACUACAAACUUUGGUGAUCUGAGGCAUCUCUUUAAGAUGAGAUAGUAAGUCCUUCUUGGACACUAAAAUAAAAAUUAAAAAGCCCCAAAACCAACCACAACAAAAUCACAAACUCAAAAGAGACAAGAAAGUCAAUUAAAUUUCACAGUUAAAUUUCCAAACUCCACAAGUAGAGGGGUCAAAAAUGCAGUAUGUUGCACUAAUUUUAUUUUGGUAGAAUUUUCAGGCAUUUUUUGGUCAGUAGAGUUUCCUUAGGUUUUAGACUUAUCCUUCAAAAUUAUGACAAAUUUAGAGGAUGUUUGCUUUAACUUUUUUUCAAGAAGCAUUGUUAAUGCCUACUCACAAUUAAAAAAAAGUCUAGUUUCUGUUAAUGAAAUGUUUCAAUGAGAUCCUGCAGAAUAUUUGACACCAGGCAUUAACUCCAAAUUUGAAUUAGCUGGGAUUUGUGGCAUCAGUGCAUUGAGCCUGGAAAACCAAGUUUGCUUUCAGAUGGGCAAUGACAGUAUUUGUAGCAAAAUUUUCUAUUACUGUUUGUUACAAUUGGCCAUGCAAACAGGAUUGCAUCUGUAAUGUCAAAUAUGCAGUUGCUAUUUAUAUUUGCCCUUAUGUUCAUGGCUUAAAGUCUAAGAUCAUCUUAGCCUCCCAUGUAUAUGACUGUUAAUUUGCAUUAUUCAUUAGUUUGAGAGGUUAAGAAGAGAAGUACUAAGAGAAUAUUCUUCUGUCUCUGACCCCAGGAAUGUUGAAGAACAUUCAGUAAACUCAAAGUCAGGGCAUUCCAAAUGUGUUUAACAAAAAUGUGUUAAUUUUUCUUUUUUAAUAAGAUACGAAAUAUUUUUAUCUCGUGGCACUAGGUAGCUUAAGCUGUGUUUUUGCAUUAAAUUACAGUUCUUUAAAUAGUAGGAACAAAACAAACUGUCCUUGCUGAAAGGAUUUUUAAACAGUGGUGCCCCUGUGGUUACAAGAAACAUGUUACACUUUUAAUUACAGACGCUAUGACAUACAACACUGUUCCUGCAUUUAAUAGAAUGUGAUGGAGUUUUUUCUACAAAGCCUUGUGAUUUUUAGUACAAUAAUAUUUUAUAAAUAUAAUGUCUGAUUUGAAAUGUAAAUUGCAUAGCUCUCUAAUGGAUGCUUGGUAAAUGCACAAGAGAUUUAGCUUUGAUUCUCAGGUACCUCUGAUGCAGUGGAGACGUGCUGGGUUUUUCCUCCCCGUGACACAACUGGAAUGUGAAGGAGCUCUCUCGUGAAUGCUUUACCUCUGUGUGGUAAUAUUGUCAUUGCUCUUACUGUUUCACUUUGGGAAUGUCUUUAUUCUGACUUCUUGGAGGAACCACUUACGCUUUAGAAAAAUAAUGUCAAACAUUUCUUUGAUUGUCACUAGAUGGUUAAGGAACAGUGAUUUCCCAGGCCUACAAAACAGGAAUGAAUACUCUCUGUUGCUCUGUCAAACAGUUGAACUAAUUCCUGUAAUCCUUUGAGACAACCAACAAUUUCUUCUGUGCGUGCAAUUGAGGUUUUAGGGCUGUUUGGUUUUUAUAUAUGAAAGAAAUUAUGAUAAUUUGCUUUUAGGUUUGAGUGAGCCUCACCUAGUUUGAUAAGCGGUGUGCUGCACUUCAGAACAAAGGCAGGAAAACAUUUUGGUUUCUCCGGCCACUUCGUGCUGGAUUUCAGUCACGCUGAAAAUGUGUUCACUACAAGGGACUGCUGCAGACACAGUGCUGGUUCAGCGAGGGAUGGAAAUACAUCUGUGACAAAGUCUGAGUGCUCCUGGAGGCACUGAGGGCUUGCUCUUUGGCUUUCCAGUCUUCACUGCAUCCUGCUCCUUGGUCCCCGGGAUUGCCUGUGAGGGGUGGGGGCUGUGGGACAGGACUGGCCAUGGAGUUGGGCUGCAGGGACUGCACACAGCGGGCACAGCCUGGGGGGAUUUGGGGGCAGUGGGGUGCUAAGCAGGGCUCUUGUUCACCCAGGGUAGCUGCAGGUGGUUCUUGGUCUAUUCGUGGCAGCCCUCCUUCGAAUGUACCAACUAAACCAGGAGAGCCUGCAAAUUGCUUUUCUUGGUGUGUGCUGCUGUAAUUGUCAUUCCUGUCACAGUACUCGUGCCUAGGUACUGCUAUUCACAGCUGUGAUGGCUUUAAAUAAGGUGGCAAAACGAUUUCUUUGUAAUUCUUGGUUCCAUUUCUCUUACUGUUGAAUGUUGUUUUUCCUAUUCCCUCCUAAAUGAUCCUCCUGUCUUAGGGAAAUUAUUUUACUGAGCUAAAGUAAGCUAUCAGAGGUGGGGAAAACCAGUUAAAUUUUGGAGAUAGGCUGAGUUUAUGGACACACUUUGAAUUUCAUGUGGAAAUAGGCCUCGGAAAGGCGGAGUGUAAAUGAAGUGAAGAACUGGCAUGCUCAAAAAUCAAGAAAUAAACUGAUGUAAAUAUCACGAUGCUGGGUUACAUGCCUAACUGUAGGAUGGUACUUUGAAUCAGUUUACUUGGGAUGAGUUUUGAGUCAGUCACCAUUUCUGUUCUGGCUGUCACAUGUAGUGCCUGCAAUUUAAUAGUUAUAACUCCAGUAGCAUUUAUGUGAUUCAUAAACUGUUGUCAGCAAUUUUUUAGCAUUUUUAUCUAAUCCACCAUUUCAUUAAUGUUGUACUUUAAAUGAUCAUUGCAGGGCAUGAUUUCUCAGGGAAAUAUGGAUGAUACCAUAAGUUGUGAGAGCCGAUAUCUAAUUCCUGCUUUUAAAAUCGCUCCAGGCAUUUCCAGAUUUCACUUAAACAUUUCACGUCAUGUAACUUCCAUGUUGAAUUUCCUUAGGCUUAUCAGGUAAAUCAUGAUGACGAUGUUAAGAGCAUUUAAAGAUGUCAAUAAAAUUUACUCUGCCCAACACUUUGUUACUUUUUGGAGAAACAUCUGUUCUAAGGUGAUGCUGAAAUGUGUGUGAUUUUCUACUUUAUUGUCCUCUUCGCCAUAGAAAUGAAUAGUUACUGUGCUGAUUUUGAAGGUGCACUUCUGGCAUGACAGUGACAUUAACUUUCAGGGUUAGGCAGUGCUGUAAUAAUACAUAAUCUGAUUCUGGGAUAGAUCAGUAUAAAUCUUUAACAUAAAUAUAUUCAUUUAUAUCAUUAAAUUUUUACGAAGUCUAGUCACUCGGGGGGAUUUUUUGUUUGUUUUUCCAGUAACUUGGGCUAGAAUGGGAUUUGAUCCAAAGCUCACGAGGGUCAUUGGCAGCAUUAAUAAAGUAAAACUUUAUUGAAAAGAACUUUGCAGAUAGGUUGACCUUUAUGCCUUUGCAGUAUUUCUGUCUGCAGAAUGUACUUGGAGUGGUUUGCUUUAAGACCUCAGAAAUAUAAAUGGAGGGAGUUUAGUGCUGGUAAGUUGGUAAAAGCACUACUGUUACUGAUCACAAAAGAUACUUCCACACAGCCAGUAUGCAGCUUAAUUAUUUAGAAGGUGAAUUUGUCUUGCCACAUGACUUUUGUUUAAAAUCAGCAGCAUGAGAAAUAUUAACCCCUGCACUUGGCUGUAAGCUUCUUUUGUCCAUAGUGAGAACGUGUGAUCAUAGUCAUCAGCCUUGAGUGUCAGCCUCCUCUUGAUGAUUUCUGCUUUGACAUUUCCAUUUCCAUGCCCUGUUGCAUUCAUUGCAAAGUGAAUUUCCUCUCUAGGUAAAGACUGUGUACUUGUAUUUUCACUGCCUUAGUCCUCUGUGGUGUUGGAAAUCUGACAUAAAAUGUAAAUCUGACAUGUAAUGUGACUUCUCAGAGAUGUGUGUUCUCACUCUUGUCAUUACAUCUGGUAUUAGUAGGUAACCAGACCUUUUCUGGAUAUGCCUGUCAUGAUGUGGAAUGCAUCCAGAGUUCCAUCUGGCUUUCACUUCCUACUUUUAAAAACCAUAAAGGGCUUUUCUCUGAGGAUUUUUGUAGAAAGCAGCUGUUUAGUUCUACAGGUUCAGAGUCCUUCAACUGCAUUUCAAUUUAUAAAGUCACAUCCAAUGUUCCCUUUCUUUUAUUAAUGAACUUCUGAAGGUUUUUUAGGGAAGGUGCACAAAUUUUCUUUGUGGUCCACAGAAGAAAUAUGACUGGAUACUGAAAUGGCCUCAGAAAUAAAAAUUCAGGGCUGUUUAUUCUAUAGUUCUUCACAUAUGUUCCUGAUUUUUUCCUACUUUUUUUUUAAGAAACCCAACCAAAUAAAACCAAACCCCUACAUUUAUCAAGCUAAAGGAGAAUUAGCUGUUUAGCAUAGAACUAAUUUUAUAAUAUACAAAUGAUUGUAUUUUUAUUAAUGAUACCAGUCAGUGUAUUACUGAUGUUGCCAGUCCACAAGUCUUCCUUGUCUGUGUCACAGGUGAUGCUUCUCUUCUACCUAAAUCUGACCACUUGCAUCCAAUCAAGUUAGUUCCACUGCCAGAAUGAGUCAUUUCUAAAAUAUUUUAGAAUCUACUUUUUCCUCUACCUAGGGGAACAGCAGGGGCUUUCCAACCAAUGGCGCUUUCCUAUUGCAGAAGAAAAAAAACCCUAAAAAAUUUAAAACAGAAAUGUUAGUUGAAUAUCAAGAAUAUUAGUAGGAAAGUAGGAAGCAUAUGCUGUAAAAUCAUUGGGGUAAUUUCUUGCAUAGCCCAGUCCCACCCAGGAAGUGCUUGGGCAGUAGUUUAUUGGAGUGAUCUAUGGUUGAUCUUGAUUUAAUGUAGAAAGUAGGUAUUUUAAAUAAUCAUUUCAUAUUGCAGCUGAAGACUUAAAUUAAGCCCUGUGAUUCUUAAAAAGAAUGAUGGAAAAAAUUAUAUAUGGACACUUAGGGGGUAUUUUUUGUUUGUCAUUUGGUUUUUUUGAAGUCCAUCCAAUGCAGUUACAAAGGAAUGCUCUGUUCACUGACACUCAUGAGAGGCUGUUUACACAAGGCUGGUGCAAAGGGUAGCCAGGUGUUGGAGGUGAUGUUAUCUGAAUGGAAUCAGAGAAAUGUCCUAAAUAUGAGGUACAACUUCAGCGUUGUGGAGCUGAAGAGGUGUUUGUAAUGGUUUAAAAUUCGUGUAAGGCCUCUUUGGAGUAGAUAUUAGUAAAACAAAAUUGUUUAUGAAACCUUGAGUUAUGAAACUCCUGAAACUCGAGUGCAUUAAAAGGUGCACAAAACCAGUUGUAGUUUGGAUGGUUGUUCUGGCAUUGCAUUUUGUACUGAGUUUCAGGGAAUUCUCAGUUACACUUCUCAGGUGGAAGCUGCUGCUUUAACUGAAGCAGCUUUUUUUUUUUUUUUUUUUUUUUUUUUUUUUUUUUUUUUUUUUUCCACCUGAAGAAAACUUUUUUUUUUCCCUGAAGUCUGUACAGCUUGGUGAUAAUUCAGAUGUUCUGAGAGCACAGCAAGUUUCAGAUAUCCAAGUAUCCUCUAUGAAACAUCUUUAUGCAUCAUCUUUUAACCAUUUUCCUUAGUGAAAGCAGAACGUGAAUUGCUAAUGUGUAUUGCAUUUGCACUUGAAAACCUGAUUUCAGAGUGUGUUAAACCUUGAUCUAUUUUUGAUAAAAAAAGAAAUGUAGCAUUUUAAUCUAAUUUCCAUUUAAUGGCAAGGAUAUUCAUGCAGAGAAAAACAUAUAUCAGAGUUUGAUGUAGUGAUUUUUAAGCCAAGAAAACAGCAGGGUGGCAGUGGUAAAUCUGAAAUGAAGAUGCAUAUCUCUUCAGAAACUCUGGUUUCCUCCUGCCCUCUUUAUACCAAAUUGUAUCUCCAUUAUUUCAGGAUAAUACAGGUGAAGCAAGAACCAGAGCUUUUACCCAUUGUUCUUUUAAAAGUGAACAAUGGCUUUUGCCUGGGGUGUCUUUGUCCUGUCACUUCAUUUUUUGAUGGGAGGUCAGUUAAAUAAAAAAAUAUAGAAUAAGUAUUUUUAAUUAAAAUCAGAUUUAAACUAUUAACUAUUUUGAAAUUCUCUAUAUUAAUAGAGAUCGAAUGAAUGGAAAUUGAAGUCCUAUAUUGCAAGUAUUGAACAGUGCUUAUAUAUUUUUAACAAAACCAAUAUAUAUAUAAAUAUUUGAAACAUGCAUGAAGAUGGAAAUUGGAAUAUUGUUUUUAUGUUAAAAGGUUUAUAAAUUGAAAUUCUUAAUACCCAGUACCAAAACCCUAUAAAAGGGCUAAUGAAAAGAAAAUGUAAUGUAUUCUGAUUAACAACCUGUGUAAUACAAUCAAUGAGUGUGAAGUUUUUGUUCUGUAUUAUAUUUAUUAUAUGUAAGUAAACAAUAAAGAUUAUAAAUCUUA